GUAUCUGGGCGGGGGAGGGUAGAGGCGACUUUUGGGAGCUUCACCCGUAACCCAAAUAGACCCGGUUAAAAAAAAAAAAAAACCGGCAGCAGCGGCCGGCGGUGACUCGCGCAUGCGCAGGCCACUCCCCCUCAGAGAAGGGGAGAGCGCCGAAGUGAGGCGGCCAGCUGGCUCAGGAGCUGCGACCGGGGGCCAGGAUGGAUGAGGACGUACUGACCACCCUGAAGAUCCUAAUCAUUGGGGAGAGCGGGGUGGGCAAAUCCAGCCUUCUGUUGAGAUUCACAGAUGAUACCUUUGAUCCAGAGCUUGCAGCAACAAUUGGUGUUGACUUCAAGGUGAAGACUAUAUCAGUUGAUGGAAAUAAAGCUAAGCUUGCAAUAUGGGAUACAGCAGGUCAGGAGCGCUUCAGAACACUGACACCUAGCUAUUACAGAGGUGCACAAGGUGUUAUAUUAGUUUAUGAUGUCACAAGAAGAGAUACUUUUGUUAAGCUGGAUAAUUGGUUAAACGAAUUGGAAACAUACUGCACGAGAAACGACAUAGUAAAAAUGCUAGUUGGAAACAAAAUUGAUAAGGAAAACCGUGAAGUUGAUAGAAAUGAAGGGCUGAAAUUUGCACGGAAGCAUUCCAUGUUAUUUAUAGAGGCAAGUGCAAAAACCUGUGAUGGUGUACAAUGUGCCUUUGAAGAACUUGUUGAAAAGAUCAUUCAAACCCCUGGACUAUGGGAGAGUGAGAACCAGAAUAAAGGAGUAAGGCUAUCCCACAGGGAAGAAAGCCAUGGAGGAGCUUGUGGAGGAUAUUGUUCUAUGUUAUAAACUCUGGGAAGGUCUAUCUUUUGCGUUUUUGAUCAGAUAGUGUCAUCUUUCUGUAUAUAAACUCCUUAACUGCUAUUUUAGGGACCUUGCAGUUUGCACAUAUUUGUUUUGUAUCAUGGCGAUGAACAUUUAUAAGAAAACACUCAUCAGCUUUCCCAGAUAAAAAUGUUUAUGGUAAGCAUGCACAAAUUGCAACCUUCAGUCUUUUAUGUAACAUAAAAUGGGUGUGCAUUACUAAGUGCACUCGAUUUUAUGACCUACAUUCAUCAUGUAUUUUUUUUUAAUCCAUCCAACAAAUAUCUUUUGUAAAGCUGUCUGUCUGCAUUUUGGUCUCUUUUUGGUUAAUUUUGUCUGAUUAUUGAAUUGCUUUGUAUAACUCCUAGAAAUACUGGGAGUUAUAAGUGUAACAGAUCUAUUCCUGAUAAAAUUCCUUUGCAGGUUUAACAGCAUGUUCUUAAAGCUUCUCUAAGAAGCUGAUGUUACAGAUUUAUUUUUAAAAUUUUUUGGGGGGUAUUUAGCAAAAACUCAAGAUGCAUUAUGGCUGAGGCCAAUUUAUAGUCGUCUGCAUUUGUCUAAUGAUGCUUCUGAACUAGCAGUGAAAUAACAAUUGGGACCUACUUUUUAAUUCACUUCAAUGAAUAACUCAGUUGCUUAACUGGAGUUUUAAUCCUGUGAUAUAUAUACAUUAGAUUCAUGGCACUUUUGCACUGCACAUUUUGUAAUGCAGUGUUUGAUAGUGGCAGUCAAGUUUUUUCCCCCCACUUUGUUUCCAGAGGGAUAUGAAAUUAGUGUGUUCAUUGUGACUUGUUCAUAUAGUACUUAGCACAUUUUAAAACCAACACUUUUUCUUAAAUGUUGGUGUUUGUCCAAGUAUCUCAACUGUAGCUUGUUUAAUGUUAUGAAGAUAUGUAUCAUAUGAUUGCUUUAAAUGGCUAGUUGAUAUUAUGAACCUUAUUUCUAUGUUUUGGGGGUCAGGGAGAAAAGCACGAAGUGACAGUUUGAGAAAAGACAUUAUAUAGCUUCUGGAUUCUGAUGUGUGGGGAAAUACUAUUGCAAUGAAAAUCUUGAAUUUACUGUAACAAGUAGCAGUGGUUUAUCAAAACUAACUUGUACAGACUAAUAAAUCUUUUCCAAAGUA